CACGUGGGGGCAGCCUGAUAGACGGCAAAAAGACUCUCCCUGCUAGUUGUUACUUGUGCUUUGUUUCAUACUUUGCAUAUUCCUGUGUUCUUUCUUGCUUGCUGCUAUGCUGCUACCAUGGGCUAGCUACCAUGGUUGUCUCCACCAUCUUUGAUCGUCGCCUCCUCGCGGUCUGGUCAGUCUGGCCUUCUCGCUUAUUCGUCAGCGUGUCCGUCAAAACAAAAGCCGCCAAAACUGUGGGUGCGCAUGCUGGGAUGUCCGCGUGCUACAGCACUUGCCAUCCUGUGUUCUUGGGCAAGUGACAAAAAUUGACGGUCAUUACAAAGGCAACAAAGCUGCACAUCAAGAUGAGCUCUUUGGAAAACGUCCAUUCUCUUCAGCACAAACUGAUGUUGCUUGACCUGUUGUCCAGUGCGAAACUGUCGAAAGGCCUACAAACGUUUGCCACACAGAUUGAACCCAAGAAUGUGGUCCACUUCUUUAAGUGCAUGGAAUCCUCCUGCGACUUCACCACCGACGACAGUGACCUCUUCCUCAUUCACCUCUCGGCCCACUGGGAAAAUUCGUUUGUGUGCAUUUAUUGCAGGGAGGCAAUCGGCACUGAUGUCCAGCUUGUCCAGCACAUGAUCACAGACCACAACGACAGAAUUUUCCAGUGUGCAUUUUGCUUCUACCGGUCUCGUGCGAAGCCCCACCUUGUUGUACACUCCAUGUGCGUACACAAGAACGACACUGUUUGUGGUUACCUGUGCAAGAAAGUUGUCGAGAUGCCACUGAAGGAUAGGCCAGCAAACACUGCGGACAAGGAAUACGUGUGCACACUGGGAAGCUGCGAGCUGAGGUGUCUCAGCAGUGACAACUUUUUGAAACACCUCUACGAAGGUCACCCAAACGCGACGUGCUUCGUGUGUCAUAAAUGCGGAUGUCAAUGCACAAAUCCAGAGGGCCUUCUGUCGCACUACGCUAAAGUGCACGGCUUCAAGGCCUACCAGUGCCUGUACUGCAGCGCUGGCAGCAACGAUGAAUGGGAAGUUAUGGAACAUAUUUCGCAAGCGCAUGCUGAUUACCCGUUUAAGCUUUUAAUUCGCUCGAGCCAUCCUCCGGUAUGGUUCAAGCAGGUCAACACAAUGGUGAAGGAAAGCAAGCUGGUUCCUUUCCCCGAGGGCAGUUGUGCGCAACGCGUACAGGAUCAGGUCUGCGCCAAAAGUGAACCAUUUCGCGACACGCCGCCAGAGUCGAAGCCGCGUAUCGGCAGCGAACUUAAUAACCCUGUGGUAAACAUGCAGGGAUCUCUGCCGUUCGUUCCAACGUGUUUUGUCUGCUCUGUGGAAAACUGUGCUUACUCCUCAAGUUGUCCAACCACAUUCCUCAACCACAUAAAGGAAGACCAUACAUCAGUCUCCGAGUUUUCGUGUCCAUGCUGCACAGUCCUGCGACAGACUUCAUUAAGCGAGUUCUAUGUCCACCUGAUCGAUAACCAUACUACAUUGUUGCGUUGUCUGUACAAAAACUGUAGCUUUGUUGGGCAUUCCAGAGAAGCUGUAGAUGAUCAUGUAAUAUCGGUUCACCAGCAGUACGAUGAUGUUACAGAAGACCCUGAAGAGCCCAAGUCAGAAUCUCAUAACGUGCCCGUGGAAGAAUCAUCGGGCAUGGAGCUCCCUGUUCUAGCGGAAGACUGCAGCAUCAAGUGUGAGCGUCUUCAGGGUAAGGAGGUAGAACAAACGUGCGAACAACAGGAAAGCGAAAGCAGGGACGCAUCACCUGGUCCCACUGUGGGACCCGGCACUGUUCCAGAGAAGUGGCUAUCUGACGCUGAGCUCAGAGCAAUUGCCGAGAGAGAAAGCGCCUUGCAGGCCGCAAAGGAGGAAGUCUCAGUGGAACCAACCGUGGCAGCCACGCCAGCGGAGACGGUGGAACCAGAAGAUAACGUUCCGGAGCCUCUGUUGCCUUUACCCGAGGAGUCUGAAGAAAAAUACGUUUGUGGCUUCUGCUGCCAAAGUCAAAUGGAAGCUUUGGAGUACUUCCGCCACAUGUCUCACGGCCACGGAGUGAAAUAUUUUUGUGGGCAUUGCGACAGGUGCUACAAAGUGCACAGGCAGUUAAUUACGCAUCACUUCAGGUUUCAUGCCACAGAGGAGAUGUCCUUUAAAACUUUUCAAGACAAUACUUUAAUGAGUGUGCCACAGAAAGUGAUAUCAAUGUGGCAGCAAGAUAUUUCGAAUCAAACAAAGAAGAAUACAAAUGGAAUAGCCCAGGGCGAAAAAGUGUCAAAGGAUGUUAUGAAACCCGCUUACGAGUUUCCUGAGAAAUCGUGCACAAGUCAUAACAAGAAAGGGGAGAACUAUGUCUCCAAGAAGCAGAAAAGUAACACUGUUCCGAAGUUGCCAGCUGUGGAUGCAAGUCUGCAAUGUGAAACUGCAAAAGGAGAUGGAGAGGAAAGCCAGAGGCACAUCGAGGAGGAAGCCCCGUCAAAGAGGAAAGCGGCUACAAAUGUCCACGGUGUUACAAUGUCUAAGAGCGCUGGAAACACACCAAAAGGGUCGAAGAAGAGAAAAGACAAAUUAGCUUCGCCGCAGGGCUCAAAAAUAAAGUCCAAAGUGCCCAAUGAAAACAAAUCCCCCAGAGCACCGAAAAAUAUUUCUCCCAGAUUGGCGUCUCAGGCCAAGGCACCUAAAAAGGCCUCUCCAAAGGAUACUGAACAAAAUGUCCCGGGUGAUAACUUAGUGCCACAACGAAACGAGUCGAUUGGCAGGGAACAACUAGUUCAAAGAGGAUCGCCCGCUGCUCACAACUCGACAAACACACUUGACGUGUCGCCUCGAAGCGCCUUUGUACAUCGGUGUGUAUACUGCUCUAAGAGCUACAAGGUGCUAAAGUGGGCAUUACGGCACCAGAAAGCUGCACACCCCGAUAAACCUUCGAUGUGUAAAUUGAUAGAGCCUUCAAAGCUCGAGAGCGAUAGCACCGAGCCCAGGCAUGCCGAGAAAGAGACCUCGGAACAGCUUAUGUCCCGAAAUGUUCAAUCAUCAAUGGGACCGCGCUCAACGAAAAAUGGGGGAGGAACACUGGCAAGCGAAAAGGAAGUGGUGAUGAUAUCCCUUGUUGACGAUGAUGAUGACUAUGAUGACCCACCACGGCACAGUGAAAAGAAAAAGACAUGGAGACGAAUCUGCGUUAUCAGCAGUGAUUCUGAAGAGGAGGAGGAAUCCUCCGAACCCGAAGGGUUUUCAUACUAUGGUGUGAAAGCGAGUCCGCUCCCUAUGGAUAAAGUCUUUGUCUAUGUUCACAAUGGUGGGGUGAAAAUAGCUUAUUCCCAACUUGCAACAGUUAUGAAAUUACAGCCCAUAGUGCUACUAAAAAGACUAGAACUGCAUCAUCACCUUCCUACAUAUUAAUGGGAAACAUAAUAUUCACAUGUGCCAAGUACAGUAAGACUAUACGUACAUAAUGUAAUCCAGAGCAUUUGUUGAUGCAAAGCAGGAGUUUCAUAUUUGACAGCCUGUAAGUGUGUUGCAUCUAUAUUUCGGUUUCAUCAAUAAAGUUUUACUCAAAUACAAUGUA